CUUGAAUUGCCAUGUCCUGUGUAUCUGUGCUUUAUUCAAAAUACAUGGGUUUCUUUCGAUUUACUUCAUAGCUGAUUAAUUAAUGAUGAAAAACAGAUUCGAACCAAUAGCAUGUCCUGUUUGCUCAAAAAACGUUUAUUUUGCAGAAGAAGUAAGGGCUAUGGGUCGUGCAUUUCACAAACAAUGUUUCAAAUGCUGUCAAUGUUCUAAAGCUCUAGACAGUUUUACUGCAAAUGAUCAUAAGGGUUCUUUGUACUGCAAAAAUUGCUACGCAAAGAACUACGGACCAAAUGUUUAUGGUUUUUCAACGAAUAGCACACUAAUGAGAAGUACUUAUGAUCUUCGAGAUUGUACUAAAAUGAAUGGUUAUUCACAUUCUCAUAGUCCAAUGAUAAAUCAAUCACAAGAUUAUCAUUCACAAGAUCGUUUAACUCAUUUAGAACAUAGUGGUAAUUAUAUUCCACGUCCAUUUCGUUUACGAUGGUCUAGUGGAAAUUGUAAUUCAACACGUUGUGCAAAUUGUUCAGAUAUUGUUUAUGCAAAUGAAAGAAUAGAUGCAGUUGGUAAAGUAUUUCAUCGUUUAUGCUUUAAAUGUAAUGAUUGUCAACGUCUUCUUGAUCGUGGUACUGCAUGUGAUCAUAAUCGUGAAGUAUUUUGUCAUAAUUGUUAUAUUAAAAACUUUGGUUCCAAAGGAUUAAAAGCUGGCACAAAUCUACGUUGUGCUUAAAUUACUUUUUAUAAAAUCAUUAAAAUCAAUUGUGUUAUUAUUAUUAUUAUUUUCCUUUUAAUUCAUAAGAAUGAUACAUAUACUACUUAAAUAUUCAUAUUCAAUAGUUAAUGUUGAACAAUUUUUUCUUGCUCAAUCAAAUUUUACAUUCCUUUAUUUAAACAAAAACAAACCAAUCAAUAAAUGAACAAAUCAAUCAAUAAACAAACAAAUCAAUCAAUAAACAAAUAAACAAAUCAAUAAACGAACAAACCAAUCAAUAAAUGAACAAAUCAAUCAAUAAACAAACAAAUCAAUCAAUAAACAAAUAAACAAAUCAAUAAACGAACAAAUCAAUCAAUAAAAGGACAUAUCAACAACAUAUUUUCACUGUUCGAAUCCCACUUAAACAUAUCAUGAAUAUCUUAUUUUGUAACUUUUUUCUAUGUAAACCAUCCAAUCUCUAUGGAAACAUUGAAAUGGAUAGAGGGUUUGUUUGUUUCUUUUUUUUUCUUGUUGAAACAAUUAAGAUGAGUAUUCUUUCUUUAUUUUUUUUUAGAAAAAAAACGGAACAAAAUUACCAUGCAUUUUAUUAUUGUUUUUUCUCUUGUUUCUUUUAUGUUGUUUUUCUUUAUGGUUUUUCUUUAUUUUUCUCACUUUGUUGUUUGUUUGUUUUGUUGUUGUUGUGGUGGUGGUGGUAGUGGUCGUCGUCGUUAUUGCUUCUUGUUUUAAUACCAUUUGAAUAUCUAUCUACUAUUAUUAUUACUUAUAAUUAUUAUAAGUAGUAUGACUAUUAAUGAUUUUGUGAAUAAUGAGAUUGAUAGAAGUUGA